AGCUCCACCAAUGACAUUCGAAGCUGCCAAACGGUUUCUGUUAUGGUGCCGAGCGAGGACGCAGUAAACUCUAUGAGAAAUGCCGAGUGCCAGUCGUGUAGGUGUAAACCUUCGUGCGUCAGCGUAUUUACACCAAGGUGACAGAAAGUAUAUGGAAGAUGAGUUUCAGGUGGCAUAUCAGAGGACGCAUGACAAGAAGGAUAUCGAGUACGCCUUCUUUGGAAUUUUCGAUGGCCAUGGCGGGAAAGAAGCAGCACAUUUCGCCAAAGAUAACUUGAUGGAUAAUAUCGUCAGCCUCCGUUCAUUUUGGUCGGAUCACGACGAAGACGUGCUGGCGGCCAUCAAGGAAGGAUUUCUACAAACUCACAUGGCGAUGUGGAAAGUAUUGGAUCAGUGGCCAAGAACUGCUUCAGGUUGGCCAAGCACAAGUGGGACAACAGCAAGUGUAGCUUUUAUUCGCAGACAGAAAAUAUACAUUGGCCAUGUGGGAGAUUCUGGAAUUGUCCUGGGAUGUGAAGAUCCAAAUGGGAGCUGGCAUGGUGAAGCCUUGACUCGCGAUCAUAAGCCAGAGAGCGUGGCUGAAAAAGCACGUAUAACAGAAUGUGGAGGAAAGGUUAUCAACAAAUCUGGUGUGCCCCGUGUGGUAUGGAAUAGACCGAAGUCUGGACACCAGGGUCCUGUUCGCAGAUCCACACCCAUGGAUGAAAUACCAUUUUUGGCAGUGGCACGUUCGUUAGGAGAUCUCUGGAGUUACAAUGCCACGAACGAUCAGUUUGUAGUUUCACCCGAGCCAGAUGUGUGUGUCAUGCCCAUUGACAUCACACGUCAUAGAUGUCUAAUUUUUGGCACAGAUGGUCUGUGGAAUGUUCUAACACCAGAUGCUGCUGUCAGCGUAGCACACCAGGCAGAGAGAAACAAUGAGAAACAUUAUCUUGGUGUUCCCAACUCUUGUGGUAAGCAACGGCUAUGGGUGAAUCCAUCUCGAUCCGUUGUAUCGGGUGCUCUUGGGCGUUACAUCAAACUUAAUCUUCGUGCUGAUAACACUAGUGCUGUUACAGUCUUCCUAGAUCCACCAGGUCGACCAAAGAGAGAGGUGCUGUUACAACAAAAAGGAAUGAAAAAAGGAUCUCCACCUAAACCUGCAACUAGAUUGCCAUCAACUGAAGAGGAUAGAAACAGAGAUGCACUAGUCCAAGUACACAUGUAUAACCAAAGUCAAACGACAAGACUGGAAGGUAGCCGUGGUGUACUUCGCAUCAAGGAACGCCUCCCAGAAAAAUGGCAGACCAAUCCAGUUAACCAGUAUGGUGUACAAGAAGGUAACCGAGGGUGUACAGACGGUUUUGAGGAUAGUGGCAGUGUGGGUUGUGGGGGUGAUAAUAGUGAGCUGGGUCAUAAUCAAACAGUGAUAAGUGCAGAAACUACUAAAGUGGGUUGUUCAGAAUGUGGUUGUGCUGGUGUACAUGCAGUUCCUAGUACUUCAAAUGUGAACUUGCCUGACCAUAGUCCACAUAAAACAGCUUCUAGGGCAUUACCACCAACUACUCAAAAUUUACCUGCAUCUACCCCAUUUGAUAUUGAUAGUAUAGCUGAAAAAUUUUCAGAAAAUAGACCAGAAAACAGACCAGGCAGUAGGUCAGAGAAAAGACCUGACAGCCGAUCAGAAAACAAGGUAGAAGAAAACUUGGAGAACAGAACAGACAUUGUACCAGAAAAUAGGCUACAUCGGACAGAAGCCAGACUUUUAAAAGAUGAUAUACAGAUACCAGUUGUGUCGAGCAGUACCCUGAGUCCAGUAACUGAUGGUAAAGGGAAGAAACAGAGAGGAAUGAAUGGCAGGCUGAAGACGUCAACAGGAAUUCUUUCGACUGAAAAAGGUGAUAACCGAAGGAGAACAAGAUCAAACAUUCAUGUAACGAUAGGAAUGGAGAUAGAGAAUAAAGAGCAAAACCCAGUUGCUUCAAAUAAUAAUAAUGAGUGGAAAGAACAUCAAGUCAAAGAGGAAAAGGCAGGUUCAAGUAAUAAAAGUAGACAUUCAUUAAGUAAUUCGGCAUUGGACUCGUCCAAUCGUGUGUUGAAGUCAGUUAAUCGAGGUACUGCAGAAACUGUAAAUCAGAACCCUGCGAAGGUUCUGACCACCAAACGUAAACGAACUUCAGAUACGGAAACUGACUCAUCAGAAGGACCCAUACCAAAAUCUGCUAGAGUUCAUACUCGCUCACACACUUGGAGUCACAAACCUAUGGUAACCAGAAGUCAAGAAAAGACCCACAAAACUCCUGCUAAACUGCCUGCCACCCCAAAGAAAUAAGGUGUACAAAGCUUAUUUAAGUACUGCCCUAAAAUAAUUGUCCCAGGAAUUGAAAGGAAAAUAUGCCUUUAAUAUACUGUACUGUAUUAUGACUUGCAAUAUACAUUACAUACAGUUUUUUCACAUUCUGACUGAUCUCAUGAGAUAGAUGAUGCGAAUUUGUGCCCAACUCUUGAGGUGCUAGAACUGUUGCCUGUUUUAAGCUAAUUGUUGAAUUAGGCAUUCUUCUCAGCAAUGUGCGUGUAAAUAUAAUUUUUUUUAUAUUGAAUGUAGAAUUAAGGUAAUGACUUGCUUUAAAAUUAAAUGUAAUUUAAAACAAAUUUACAAUGUGAAUACAGAUAAAGUACCUUAGCAGAAAUGACGUUUAAUUAUGUUUGUCAUUAAUUGGACAAGUUUUUCGGUUCCUCUAGUGAGAGGAUGGAAUUAGGAGUGCCUUUGAGUAAUUUUUUUAUUUUUUUUUUUUUUUUUUAUUUAAGGGUUCAUUCAAAGAAUUACAUGUUUAAUAAAAGUACAAGUUGUGGCUAAGAGUGUGUGUGUGUCUGUGUGUGGAAAGGGAAAGCAGGAGUUGUUUGUGCAAGUUUGGUAUGGAUACAUAGCUAAUGCUGCCGAGACUGAUUAUUUGUCUUGAUUACGUUUGUUUAUAUAUUUUUUUAGUUUUAAAGAGGUAAUAUUUUUCUAAAAAUGCUUUCGUGAGUACUGUAUGCAAUUGGUUGAAAAGUGUUUAAUAUGUAUAGACAUGGUGGCUGCAGUGUACGCAAAGACAAUUUAAUUUAUAUAUAAUUUUCAAUGCAUUUCUGAUGCAGCUAUCAUAUUUUAUAAUCAGAAGUCAAUUUUGGGAAAUAUUUAUCAAAUUGGGAUUAAUUAUGAAUAAUUUUUUUAUAUGUAUUUAUCAAUUUUCAUGUGAAUUUUUUUUAAUGUUUUCCUACUUAAAUUUUUCAGUCUGUGUUAAUAUAAUCCAUGAAUGGAUUAAAAUAUACUUUUAAAGACUGUCUUGCUACCAUAUUCAUUUGAAUGUCCAAAGGUUUAGAAUGGGCAGAAUUAUUUGGUUUUCACUUGAAUGUUUCCACAUUCCCUUAAUGUUUGUGGAUUAACCAUUCAUAAAGACAGUUGUGUUGACCCAGGUAUAGCAAGGAGAUAGUUGGACCAACUUUCACUGUACAUAUGCUUUAACCUACUGGUAAUUUAUGAUUCUUUAAAAAUUUCAGGCAUCGGAAAUUUUAGCAGUAUUAUAUAUCUGCUCGAGCCUGGGAUUAGGGUAAAUUAUGAAAUCUUUUUGUAGAUAUGGAUUAUAUAACUGGCAUUUAAAGGUUUUAUUUAUUUAUAAUUUUUUAAGUGCACUUUCUUGUUUUUAAUGCUGUACUAUAUUUUUAUUUUGCAAUGGCAUAUCUCAAAAAAAGUACCAAGCAGUUUGUUAUUUUCAAAAAAAAAAAAAAAUGCCAAAGUUGUGCUGUAACCUAUAUGUACAAAAUCAAUUUUUAAGUACUGGAAUAUCUAAGUUAUGUGGAUAUGAAAUUGUGUGAAUAUUUUGAUUUAUUUUAAAGUAUUUGUUGUCUUGCCUUCUUAUUACUUUAACAGUAAUAUAUCGAGUGCAUAUUGUCUUCAAUUGAAAUCGAUCAGGAGGGGGGGGGGACAUCCAGAGUACACUUCCUAUUACUCAAGAUGUAUUAAAAUAAAUGUGAUAAAUUGUGAUCUAUCAGUAUAUCAACAUUUGAAAAUCUUAUUCCUUAAGUUGUCAAAAAUACAGUAGAUGAUUUGAUAGUAUAGCCUAUUUUAAAAUUACAAAAAUUAUAAUUGUACAUAAGUGUAAUUUAGAUCCAUGGGUUGUAAAUAUAAUAUGUAUAUGAAUUA